AUGAUUCGUCCAGGCUUACAACGCAUCACCCGGCUGAUGGCCGACACGCCGACUCCUUGGAAAGCCAUCCACGUCGCUGGCACCAAUGGCAAGGGCUCCGUCUGCAAUGCCGUCUCAGCCAUGCUCAACGUCUACAAUGACUCGGAUUGGCGCAAGAAGACUGGUCAACCGAGCCUCGGGGUCGGUCAGUUCACCAGCCCUCAUCUGCUUCAUCGUUGGGACGGCAUCACGAUCCACGGCCAGCCGAUCGCGGAGGACAAGUUCAAGCGCAUCGAGCAGUUCGUUCAAGCCAGGAACAAGGACCUCGCCAUCGAUGCGAGCGAAUUCGAACAGCUGACGGCCGCCGCCUUCACCUCCUUUACCGAAUCGCGUGUGGACAUCGCCGUCGUCGAAGCCGGCAUGGGCGGUCUCGACGACGCCACCAACAUCAUCGGCCAAGAUGUGGAUGUGUCAUUUCCAAACACCUUCACGCUUUCGGAUGGCCAGCAGAUCGAGUCUCGAGACAUGCGCGACUUCCGACCUCGUCCUCUGGUCGCGGCCAUCACCAACGUCGGUCGCGACCACACGGAGUUCCUCGGGUCGAAGAUCGGUGAAAUCGCCGCCCACAAAGCCGGCAUCAUCAAACCGGACGCGUGGGUCGUUGCUGCCGCCGGCGCCCAUCCUGCCUACCGAGCGAUAUGGAAGCCUGUGCCCCAGCACGUCUUCCGCAACACAUCGGUCGCGCUCCGCAGCGUCUGGGCGGCCUUGACCUCGCUCAACCUCAUCCCCGACAAGGACAGCCCCGAGCUGGGCUUCCUCGAACACAACUUCCUCUGGAACAUGUACGACGAGAUGCUCAUGGCGCCCCUCAAGAUCACCAUGCCGGGACGGCAGGAGAUGAUCUCCCUCGCGCCCAUCAGCGGCAGCGACCGACCGGUGCUCCUCGACGGCGCCCACAACUUGGAGUCCGCCAAGAUCCUAUCCGCGGCCGUCGAGGCCCUCCCGGACCGCGGCCGGCGGCCCCCAAAGUACAAAGAUAGCCCGCCCGUCCAGUGGAUCUUCGGCUGCUCCUCGACCAAGGACGUCUCCGAGAUCCUGAAGGCGUUGCGGAUCCGCGGCGCCGACACCGUCCACGCCGUGGAGUUCGCCACGCCAGUCGACGGCAUGCCGUGGGUCAAGCCGACGCCCGCCGCGGAGGUGGCGGCGGCGGUCCGCGAGCAGCUGGGCGAUCAGAUCAACAUCGUCGAGUGGGGCGCCGACGUCGCCGGCGCGCUGCGGGCCAGCGGAGACGAGAACAUCCCGGACCGGCACAAGCUCGUCAUCGCCGGCAGCCUGUACCUGGUCGGCGACGUGAAGCGGCUGCUGAAGGAGGCCGCGGAGGACCCCGAAGGA